UUUCUUUAGCCUUCAUGCAGGAUGCUGUGUUCUUUGCUCCUUUGCCAGUGUCUGUGGUUGAUAACUGCUUAUGGUCAUGAUGAUGACUGGAUUGACCCCACAGACAUGCUUAACUAUGAUGCUGCUUCAGGAACAAUGAGAAAAUCUCAGGUGAAACAUGGUAUAUCAGAGAAAAAGGAGGAUAGUCCUGACAUGUCAUAUGCUGAUGAGUUGUCAGAAUGCUACAGCAAACUUGAUUCUCUAAAUUAUAAGAUUGAUGAGUGUGAACAGAAGAAGAGGGAAGACUAUGAAAGUCAAAGCAAUCCUGUUUUUCGGAGAUACUUAAAUAAGAUUUUAAUUGAAACCAGAAAGCUUGGACUUCCUGAUGAAAACAAAGGCGAUAUGCAUUAUGAUGCCGAGAUUAUCCUUAAAAGACAAACCUUAUUAGAAAUACAAAAGUUUCUCAGUGGAGAAGACUGGAAGCCAGGAGCCUUGGAUGAUGCACUAAGUGAUAUUUUAAUUAAUUUUAAGUUUCAUGAUUUUGAAACAUGGAAGUGGCGAUUUGAAGAUUCCUUUGGAGUGGACCCAUAUAAUGUGUUUAUGGUGCUUCUGUGUCUGCUCUGCAUCGUGGUGUUAGUAGCUACCGAGCUGUGGACGUAUGUUCGCUGGUACACCCAACUGAGACGUGUUUUAUUCAUCAGUUUUCUCAUCAGUUUGGGAUGGAAUUGGAUAUAUUUAUAUAAGCUAGCCUUCGCCCAGCAUCAGGCCGAAGUUGCCAAGAUGGAGCCACUAAGCAACGUGUGUGCUGAGAAGAUGGAGUGGACUGGAAGUCUCUGGGAAUGGUUUAGAAGUUCAUGGACCUAUAAGGAUGACCCAUGCCAAAAAUACUAUGAGCUCUUAUUAGUCAACCCUAUUUGGUUGGUCCCACCGACAAAGGCAUUUGCAGUUACAUUCACCAACUUUAUCACAGAGCCCCUGAAGCAUAUUGGAAAAGGAACUGGUGAAUUUAUUAAAGCGCUGAUGAAGGAGAUUCCAGUGUUACUUCAGAUUCCGGUGCUGAUAAUCAUGGCAUUAGCUGUCCUGAGUUUCUGCUAUGGUGCCGGAAAAUCAGUUGAUAUGCUGAGACACGUGGGUGGUCCUGAAAGCAAGCCGCCCGCAGCACUUCAGCCAGCUGAAAGAAGACGGCAGCAGGAAAUUGAUUAUAGGCCCUAUGGUGGAGCAGGUGAUGCAGGUUUCUACUAUAGGAGCCAGAUUGGCCCCAUUGAGGAAGGCCCUUAUAACAAAACAUAUGAGGGUGGAAGAGAUGUUUUGAGAGAGAGAGAUGUUGACUUAAGAUUUCAGACUGGCAACAAGAGCCCAGAAAUACUUCGGGCAUUUGAUUUACCAGGCGCAGAUGCAAGAGAGCAUCCCAAGGUGGUACCCAGUCAUAAAUCACCUGUUUUGGACACAAAGCCCAAAGAGAUUGGUGGAAACCCAGGAGAAAGCACACCUACAGAAAACCGCACUGAAAGCAGCCACUCUGAUACGCCUGUCUCUGGCCAGCGUGUAUCAGAAGAGAGUGUGGAAGCGUCCCCUGCAGUGGAAAAGGCCCAGCUCAGGACUGUUGCCCCAGGCAGCCCAGAGGAAGGCAGAACACCCAGCCCAGCAAGCACCGCGGUGGGAGUGUGUGGGAAGGAUCCGGACGGCGGCCCGUGUGACUAGAGGAACACAGACACGGAGCACAUCUGUGAGGUCGACUUUGGGUUUUAUAAAGUAUACUGUUCACAGCUAUUUCCUCUUCUCGUCAAACAUUCUGAUAUUUACUACCCAGGUGGCAACUUUAAUAUUUCAUACUGACAAUCAGAAUUAACAAACACACAUGUAUCUGUUUAAUUUCUUCUUUGAUAUUAAGAUGCAUCCCAUAAAGUUUUAAAGUGUUAAUUUUGGAACAGGAUCUCAUAGGUGAACAUACAGCAGGCAUUAAUGAUUUUGAAUAAUUUAAAAGGCCAGUUUGAAUUAGAGGACUUUGAAAAAGAAGUUCUAUUGUUUACAGGCAUAUAUAGGAACCAACUCACCAGUGUGUGUGUUGCCUAGUGGAAGUCCUGUUAACUUUAGUUAACAGAAUAAUCUGUUAGUUGUGCAUUGGACUGAAAGUGUUUCUGAAAGUGGUAGGUACUCAAAAACAACUUUUAAGGAAAGUCACUGUAGUCAAGCUUACCUCUUCCUGCACUUCAGCAUCUUAAUGCAGCCACGGAGUCUGCAUCACCAGUGUCGAUUUAUCUCGUGUAGGCUGCCCACAGAUCAGCCUUCAUCUCAACUCUUACAGCGUUACUGGGCCUGCUUCCUUACCCCGCCUUUAACUUUAUCCUUAUCUAAGACAGAACUGAAGACUGCCAGGGGGAUUUAGAUUAUACAGCUUGUUAAAUUGGUAAUCUCAGUUUUACACAUUUUGAGAAUACCUUUAUUCUUUCCCCACCAAAUGAAGUGCAUAGGCUUUCUAAGACCCAUGUUCCUUGCACUCAGAAUCCCACCAAUUGAGAUUGUUAGGCAUUACUGUAUCUCAUUUAUAUUACACUAAACCAUAUUGUGCAAGACAUAUGAAGUUCUCAUUUUUAGAGAUCUAUACAAAGAGAAUAAAUACCAUGAUAAGGUAGAGUAGGGUGUUUUUUUAACCCUAGGCAGGUGAUUUAAUCAACAUUUUAAAUUACUCUGAUUUUUAUAACUAUUCCUCAUUUUAAACUUAAAAAAAAAGCAAUUUAUAAAUUUUGCACAAGACCUAGCUAGGAAGCAAAUUGUACACAUAUUUGGGUAUCCUUUGCUUUAACCGUCACACUACAAGUUAUAUUCAGCUGCUUAUUAAAAAUGAUACCAGUCAGGAAUAGUCUUAAAAUAUUCAUGCAGGCAUGUCUUUCACAAAAAAAGGUGUAUUCAAAGCAUUCACUUUUUGAUAUGUUUUUUACAUGAAAUGCAGAAUACCCAUUUUUGGCUCCCAGAAGCAUCACUUAGAUGCCUGUAACAAUUUUAUGUGUUAUUAUUAUUUUAUAGUUUAAUAUUGCAAAUAUCUUUAGUAUUUCAUCAGGAAGGUAAUUUUUCCCAAGAAAUGCAGGAGGAUUUUAUAUAAAACUUUCUAACACAGUAGGCAUGUAAGGAUGCCUGCAGUUUGGGAUAGGUUUGUGAGCAUCAGUGCAUAUCAAGUCCUCUAGUGGCCAGGCCCGUUCACACUGAUGGGUGAAUAUGCUCCCAAGGUGCUAGUCGUCCUCUGAGCUGUGAUCGGAAUCUCCAGUGAAAUGAAUGCCUCAGUUGAUAGACAGUAACUAUGAGAGCAGAGUUAAUGCUGUUUUGCACUUCUGACUGCUUUUAUCAAUCUAAAAAUGAAUCUUUGAAAGAAAAUUUAAGUUCACAUUUGUAUUCUUUCAUUAAAGAUAACCAUUUGGGGAUGGAAUCUACUUUGACAGCUAGCAAGGCAACAAGCUACUGCUGUUGAAAGAUGGCAGCAGUUCAGGGAAGACUUAUUAAAGUAAAUGGAACAGAUCAAGGCUAGUUUAUAACUAGAAGAAAUAGGCUUGUUUAUUGUCUAGCCAAUAUUUAUCAUUAAAAUCAAGGAUUAUAGUAAUAAGCUUAUAGGGAAAUCAGAGUGGGGUAGACAGCUUUUUAAAAGCAAUUUUUAAGUGGAAUAGAUAAGGUUGAAUGUUUACAGGGUCUAAGAACAGCGUAUACACAAAAUAAACCCUUAUUUUUACACUGUUGUGGUUUGGUAUGUUGUCUUUGCUUAAUAAAUAUGCUUACAAGAAAAAGCCCAUGAAA